AGAGGACUGGAACAACCAUUCUCUUCUGUUUUGUUCUAAUCUGUACCGCAAUCUUCCUCUGUGAGAUUAAAAAAAGGUUUAGGUAAGAGGAUACGCGCGUUUAAAUCAAAUCUCCGACUCACAGCGCUCUGUGGAUUUGUGUAGUCUCACCAUUAAUUCGGCGUGUGAAGUUUAUGUUUGGACCUUUCCAUCUUUGCGGACCAUAACACGAAGGAAGCGGAAAUUAACAGCCCGCUUGCUUUUCCCGGAGCUACUCCGGAGUUGGGAAAAUUAACUGCAGCCGUAAACCCCACGAAGAUGAUUGUACUGCUGUUAAAAUGCGGUCUUUCUGUAUAGUUCUUAAUUUCACUGCCUAAGGAGGAUCGGAGAGGGACACUCUGCACCUCUGUAGCGCUGGGUUGACAGCACCCAGACGAGGAAGAACUGUCAGUCCACGGUCAGCAGUGACAAGGACAGAUAUUAGGAGAUUGAAUCAGAUCAGCCAGGGCUGUUAUUCUGCCCGUAGAAGCACUUCCUUCUGGAGCUUUAUAUCCGUCUCGCAUCCACACAACCCAUGCCAUGGAAGCAAUAGCUAAAUACGAUUUCAAAGCUACUGCGGACGAUGAAUUAAGUUUCAAGCGAGGAGAGAUUUUAAAGGUUUUAAAUGAAGAAUGUGACCAGAACUGGUAUAAGGCAGAACUCAAUGGAAAAGAAGGAUUCAUCCCUAAAAAUUACAUAGAAAUGAAGCCACACCCCUGGUUCUAUGGGAAGAUUCCCCGUGCGAAGGCAGAAGAAAUGUUAAAUAAACAAAGACACGAUGGAGCUUUUCUCAUUAGAGAGAGUGAGAGUGCACCUGGAGACUUCUCGCUGUCUGUCAAAUUUGGGAAUGAUGUCCAGCACUUCAAAGUCUUAAGGGAUGGCGCAGGAAAGUACUUCUUGUGGGUGGUCAAAUUUAACUCAUUAAACUCUUUAGUGGAUUAUCAUCGGUCCACUUCUGUGUCCAGGAAUCAGCCCAUUUUCCUCAGGGACAUUGAACAGCACUCUACGUAUGUUCAAGCUUUGUUUGACUUUGACCCUCAAGAGGAUGGAGAGCUGGGUUUCAGGCGUGGAGAUUUUAUCCAGGUUCUGGACAACUCGGAUCCUAAUUGGUGGAAGGGGGCUUGUCACGGACAGACCGGAAUGUUCCCACGCAAUUAUGUCACACCUGUCAAUCAAAACAUGUAACUUACUGAGAAAAUGUUUGCUUGCUUAAAGCACCUGCGGACGUCGAGCUGGGUUGCCAUGGAAACAGAAAUCACAGCGUUAAGGAGAGAAGCAGCUCAACUGGAGACGUUGAUGUCGAUUGGAAGGAAAAAUAAAGACUGUGCUGUUUGGAGUGGUUGACAGUUUUUUUAAGAAGCACUAUUGGCUCUGUGAGGGUAAAAAAAGCUCCAGACUGACAUUUCGUUCAUGCACUGUGCGUCACGUCAGCUUUGCUUUAUAUGCAACUUUAUUUCAUGUUAUGAGAUCAUCCGUACUAACGAAAAACUGUAUUUUACGUGAAGGAAAUUCACAAAUCACAGUCACCAAGAUUCAUUUUAAACUGUGUUAUGCUUGAUUUGUAUUGUUAAAAUGCAUUUUUUAUGCUUGAUUUUUAUAUUUCUCUUUUGCCAUCCUUCCAGAAGUAGUGUUACUAUGUUGUUUGGCACGGGAUUGUCGAGCUUAAUUUCAUCACGCCACAUAAUUUAAUUUCCAUACCAUAGUCAAAUGAUCUUACAUGUAGUUGUCUUCUUGUCUUAAAGGGAUAGUUCACCCAAAAAUGCAAAUGAUGUCAUUAUGCUGGGUUAACCUUACGUCCUCUCUUUCCUGGACAUCUUCUGGCCCUGAUUUCAAAGGUUUGCAUUGGUUUGGCGCUUCUCUGUAGAUCCCGCCUCCUUGAUUGGUUGAUCAUGGAGUCUCUACAUGAAGCGUGUAGACACAUCCGUCAUCUCUGAACAGUCAACCUGAAGUCAUUCACCAUACUAUAGGUUUGCAGAACAUCAGCUGUGAAGCAUUGUGUCCUCUUCAAAUGUUGAUUACUAUGAUGAAUGACGUCAAGCUGGCUUGCAUACAGCGGCCCAUAGAAACAGAUGCUAAAAAGGCAUAUAUGUGUGUGUGACGACGACAGUACCACGAGAGCGAUUCAACAGCCUGCAGACACCGCUUCAAGCCAAACACAUCUAUAAUGUGGACGGUUUCGACAAUUUGGAAAACCCAGCCAGGACAUGUCUAGAAAAAAGGAGGAUGAAUGGAUCAGUACAUCAUGUACAAUUUUUUUUUUUUUUUUUCUUGAAUAUGGGCUGUUGUGAUGCAGGUUUGGAACGUCAUGGAGGUUACGCCAAAAUUGCUAUUUUUGGCUAAACUGUCCCUUUAAAUCACAAUAGCUUGAAAAUUAUGUAAUGGUGCCAAAGCCUCUGUAGCAGAUCAAUGAUCAAAUGUAACAAAUUUGGAGCAUUUCAUGAAGCCCUUUAAAAUGUCACUGGGCGUAUGAUUCUAUUUGGGAUUUUCUUAGAGUAUCUUGGUUACUGUGGAUUAUUCCUGAAUAAACUAAACAGAAUAUGUCCAGUGAAACUUCCCAGUGCACUUGUACAGAUCAUUUUUGUGUGGAAAAGUAAUAGUUUGAAUAUCAAACGUUUGACACAUCUGCUUAACGGUGAACAUUCAAAUUCAAUGAUUUGGACUUUGCGCCAUCUAGAAUGGUGCCAUAUAACUGUGCUGACAAAGGGCUGAACUUGAUCAGAUGGUGUGCAUUUUGUUGUAAUGUUCUGGAAGUUGUAAUGUCUUUAAAGUUCCUCACCACACUUUACGGGGGCAUCAGAUGCCUCUUUUUGAAGCCGAGGGCUGUAAACCCGUGUCAUUUGAGGAUGUUUCUUUUGCUCUCUUGUUUUUCUUUAUGUAGCCCUGGUUUAUUAAAUGAAAAAUCAAGUAUAUACAUCUGUAAGCCACUUUGAAUGCUGAAAUAGUUUUUUUAAUCUUAAAAGUGGAAAGCGUACAUCGAAGAAUUGUAGCCAUUCGGUCUUUCUUUCUGCUCGUCAAGGUCAUUUUUCUUCAAAUUCAGUUUAUUUUUGAAAUGUUUGAUGUAUGAUGGGUUGCGUUGCCUGUACACUUAGAAAUGAGAUGUGUGUAUAUAUGUCUGUGUCAUAAUGGAAUAAUGUUUUAUGUUGAUGCUAAACCAUUUCAACACCUGCAGUAAACCUCAACAAUAGGAAUAAACACGGCAUCCGUUUGCUGUCUGAAUAGAGCAGUUUCAUAAUGCUGGAGUUUAUGUACACCUGCACACUGUAGAUUAUGUGUGAAAUACAUUUCAUAACAUUUA